AGCAAAAUAGUUCUGAAUGGCUAUCUCUGCUUCAUCCCUUACCCCCAGAACUUGUCCUUGCUUUGUCUAUUGAGUCGCUUCGGCCCCAACUCGGAGACCUGGGGUUUGUUGGUGGAUUUGAGUGGGAUUGGGAGGUCUUGGAUACUGUUCGAAUGCUAGCGAUAUGAGACUUGUGGGUAGUGCUUAUGGGUUUCUAAAGGAACGAGGGUUCUUGCCCAAUUUUGGAAGGUUCAGCGGUAUAGGUACUUUUUUUUUUAUUAAUUCCUGCAAAGGGUGUUCCUUUUAUAUGUUUUGGUUUUGCCAUUUUUUUUUGUCCGCAUUCCACAGUUAAUGAUUUCGCAGUGAACUUGAAAAGGAGUGGGCUUUGCAAUUGUCCCUGUAACAACUUUCGUUUCUUCUUGAAUGAAUGUAGUUCUGCUCUUAACUUCUUCAACAUGCACACUUUAUGCAGCUCUGGAUGGGCCAAGAGACGUUACACCAAGUGUGUUGAAGUCCUCUACUGGUUUAGAUAAUUAGAUGGUACCUUUGUUUUAAUUUUUAUGAAUUUGCCUAAGUUCUUAACGUUGUUGCAUCGUCUUGAUUUGAACUAGUUUGCAUAUAGAAGUUUUUGCAGCUUCAGCAGAAUGCGUAAUUUUAGAUAAUUUUAGAUAAUUGGGAUUGGAAUAAUGUAUGUCGUUCUAUUGUUUUUUGGUUGUUUUACGGUGGUUGGUAUUCUAGCAGUUUUUUUUAUCUAAGAAAUUUAAAGUAAAAUUUCAUUGAAAUAGUUAUGGAUUACCUUUUCCUCUUUCAGUUUCUAAAUUUUCUCCAAAAAAGCGGGGUUCUUCGAGAACCUCAAGCAUUGCAGUGGUUGCUCUUCUGGGUAGAGUCUCUUAUCUGCUUUCUCAAGGGAUUGAUGUCAGACCUAACCUUGCUACCAUACUGGGCCUAGCCUUUUUAGACUCUUUAACUUCCUUGGCGGUACAUGUUUAGCUUUAAUCUCUCAAGUUACUGGCCUCCGUAUAGGCAUCUGAUUCUAGUUCAUGAAGCAGGCCACCUGCUUGUUGCAUACCUUAUGGGUUGCCCAAUUCGUGGAGUGAUUUUAGAUCCAAUUGCUGCAAUGCAGAUGGACAUCCAAGGCAGCUUUAGUUUAUGGAAGUUAUAAAGGCCCAAACUCCCCAUUUUUCUACAGGCUGGAACUCAGUUUUGGGAUGAGAAAAUGAGUAAUGAGCUGGCUGAAGGACGAUCUACCUUCGGCAGGUUGGUAUCAUGAGGUGGUGUCUGAUGUUUGAUGCUGCCUAAAGAUUUAGAUGUUCUUUCCUUAAAUGCAGUUUAGCGUCCAAAUUAUAUUUAUUUCACUUACUAUUUGGAAAAUUGGUCAAUUUCCUUGUUUCUUUAUGGAUGUUAUUCAUCAUGUCUUUGAUGAUCAGUUUUUGGAAAUAUUGACUGCAAACUCUAAAGAAAAUUUCCCAACCUAA